CCUAUUAUUUAAUAGUCUCUAAAAAUGUAUAGCUCUACCUCGCCUGCGACCGCGACAUCCACUCCGCCGGCCGCGUCGUGCUGUUCUUCGAGUCCGUACACUAGGACGAGGACGCUGACGUCAGCACCGAGGUGGUUCCGAUGUACAGCCAAGCCAUUGCAAUAGUUUAUAGUUUGCGUUGCUCACAUCACAAAUUCACAGCCACCUAUUAAUGAUAUUAUUGAUUAUGAUUCCUACUCUAUCGUUGAAGGAUGAAGAAGCUGCUACACCAUUUAUCAUUCACUUUGUUGCACCUUCCCAAAUCACUAAGCAGCAAUGUUAUUACAAUCAGGUUAGCAUCCACGAGCAAUCUUCACACGGAAAUGAAACGCUGCAAUCUCUUUAUCUCCAGGCUCUGCCGGGAAGGUGAAAUCGAUUACGCACGCAAGGUGUUUGAGGAAAUGCCUGAACGGGACAUUGGUCUGUGGACCACAAUGAUAACUGGGUACUUAAAGUGUGGCAUGAUCAGGGAGGCCAGGAAGCUGUUUGAUAGAUGGGAUGCCAAGAAAAAUGUGGUCACUUGGACAGCCAUGGUUAAUGGGUACAUCAAGUUCAAUCAAGUUAAGGAAGCUGAGAGGUUGUUUUACGAGAUGCCACUGAGGAAUGUUGUGUCUUGGAACACGAUGGUUGAUGGGUAUGCGAGGAAUGGCCUAACCCAGCAGGCUUUGGGCUUGUUCAGGAGAAUGCCAGAGAGGAAUGUGGUUUCUUGGAACACAAUCAUCACGGCGUUGGUGCAAUGUGGGAGGAUUGAGGACGCACAAAGGCUUUUUGAUCAGAUGAAGGAUAGGGAUGUGGUUUCGUGGACUACUAUGGUUGCAGGUUUGGCGAAAAACGGGAGGGUUGAGGAUGCUCGGGCACUCUUUGAUCAGAUGCCUGUUCGGAAUGUGGUUUCUUGGAACGCAAUGAUCACAGGUUAUGCUCAAAACAGGAGGUUGGAUGAGGCUCUGCAGUUGUUUCAGAGAAUGCCUGAGAGGGACAUGCCUUCGUGGAAUACCAUGAUCACAGGUUUCAUUCAAAAUGGAGAGUUAAAUCGUGCAGAGAAGUUGUUUGGUGAAAUGCAAGAGAAGAAUGUGAUUACUUGGACUGCAAUGAUGACGGGGUAUGUGCAACAUGGGCUAAGUGAAGAAGCAUUGAGGGUAUUUAUCAAAAUGCUGGCUACCAAUGAGUUAAAACCCAACACUGGAACUUUUGUGACUGUGUUAGGAGCUUGUAGUGACUUAGCUGGUCUUACUGAGGGACAACAAAUUCAUCAAAUGAUAAGUAAAACAGUUUUUCAGGAUAGCACAUGUGUGGUAUCAGCGCUGAUAAAUAUGUACUCGAAAUGUGGUGAGUUGCAUACUGCUAGGAAGAUGUUUGAUGAUGGGUUAUUGAGCCAAAGGGAUUUGAUAUCUUGGAAUGGCAUGAUUGCUGCCUAUGCCCACCAUGGGUAUGGCAAGGAGGCAAUUAAUCUAUUUAAUGAAAUGCAAGAAUUAGGUGUUUGUGCUAAUGAUGUCACCUUUGUUGGACUUCUGACGGCUUGCAGUCAUACUGGUUUAGUUGAGGAGGGGUUUAAAUACUUUGAUGAAAUUCUGAAAAACAGAUCGAUACAACUCAGAGAAGAUCACUAUGCAUGUUUGGUUGAUCUUUGUGGUCGUGCAGGAAGGCUGAAAGAAGCUUCCAAUAUCAUUGAGGGGCUUGGGGAAGAGGUGCCAUUGACUGUUUGGGGAGCGCUCCUUGCUGGAUGUAAUGUGCAUGGAAAUGCUGAUAUUGGGAAGCUUGUAGCAGAGAAAAUUUUGAAAAUUGAACCACAGAAUGCAGGCACCUAUUCAUUACUUUCAAAUAUGUAUGCUUCAGUAGGGAAAUGGAAAGAAGCAGCAAACGUUAGGAUGAGAAUGAAGGACAUGGGGUUAAAAAAGCAGCCAGGUUGUAGUUGGAUUGAAGUUGGCAAUACAGUGCAAGUAUUUGUAGUUGGUGAUAAACCACACUCUCAAUAUGAGCCCCUGGGGCAUUUACUUCAUGAUCUACAUACAAAAAUGAAGAAGGCUGGGGACAUGCCAGAUGAUGAUUUAUUAGUUAGUGUGGAAUUUUAGUAGUAUAAGUCUGUGCUGGUCAGUCAAAGCUUGGAUUAUGCAGUUGAGUUGAAAUGUGGGACAGUUGACUUUGACUGGUGAUCUAUCACUUUUUGAAAACUGUAAGAGCAAUUGGCUUCUUAAAUUCUGUUGAUUGAUGAAAUGAAAAUAGACAAAUAGUUGACUUAAGGCACACCAAAAGAACAGACUCAAUCACCGACAACAAUUGGCGGGACUUGCAGCACUCACCAAUCAAAUGGUAUAUUCUAGUCAGUGCCAGGCUGCUCCUAUAGUGGCCUCAUGCACAUUGGUUGUAUGCUGUAGCCAUAGCUUAACCGGAAAUUCAGAACAGCCUCCACUCCCUCUUGUGUAAUUUCCCUCACUGAUGUGAUACCAGCUAGCACUACAUAUCCACCAUCUGCAACAGAUAUUCUGGGUGAUCGAAAUGCAGUAAAUUAAGCAAGCAAUUUACUCCAUUGAUGAGGAUGUGCUCAUAUUUGCAAAGCACGGUAAUGGACUCUAUUAUUACUGUUGUUGAAUCUGCACUGAAGAUAACAAGAGCAUUGCAACCUUUUGGAAGUACUAAACCUUUCGAGCAUUCAAAUACAUAAGCUUUAAGCAUUGAACUUAGUUUAGGUACAUAAGAUUCAUUCAAGGUGACAAUUUUAGUUUUUACUUUGUGAAUGUUGUGGAUAGUUCACUUUGCAUACUUAUCAAGACUCUAUAUAUAUAUAAAAUAAAAUAAGACUUUUUUUCCUA